AUGCCUGCCAAUAUCCCACCCAAACUAAAGGCCGCCGACCUUACCAGAUUCCUCGUCCGCGCAUCGCAGCUCGAGACGGCGAAGCCGGUGAUAGCUUAUUGGUGCGAAUACUGGGUCGUCAACCAGAUACUCUCCAAAGACUUGCACAAUGGCGACCCCGAGACAUUGCAGUACACGACGACGCUGAUGGACAAGCUGGAACAGAUAAAAGCAGAGAAUCCUGCAAACGAUGCCAUUGUCGAUGAUGCCGCUGGCCAGGCGUAUGUGGAGCAGUUUGCUCUUGAGACAUUUCAGCGGGCGGACAGAGCCGUCCAGGCGGACAAGGUUACAAGGCAAACGGCGGACACUUUCCAAGCUGCGGCGACAUUUCUCGAGCUCGACAAUAUCUGGUCAGCACUAUCCACGGACACCCUGGCCAAGAUCAAAUAUGCGAAGUGGAAUACCGUGAGGAUACUCAAGGCUCUAAAGGAAGGCAACGACCCAAAUCAGUCGAAUCCAAAACCCCAGCCCGCGACAGAAGAAAUCCUACCAGCCCUAGACCCAGACGACCCCGAAGUACAGCAAUUGGGACAGCCUCGCAGACCCCAUCAACCAUCCGUUGAGGACGCCCCUGACGAGCAGCAUCAGAUAGACGCACUAGCUGCAAGACAAUCAUCGAUCGACCAGUCCCUACAUCCAUCUGCACAAGUAUCGGCGCGCGGCUCACCUGGUACAGGCUCUCCCGCCAAGUUUGAGCCAUAUCCUCGAGAUGGGUUUCCAUAUACUGCCGUCCAAGAUGACAAUGUUUCCCCCCUAGAGCCGUCCCCGAAGGAUAGAAAUGAUUCUGUAGGCGGUGGAUACUUCCCCGAGGUGCCUACGUUCGCAUCAGAACCGUCCGAGCCAACACUGCCCACGGCCCCUCCCGGUGAUGUCCUAGACCUAGGUUUGCCAGACCAGCCAUCGACUGCACCGGGCCUGGACGUCUCGCGCGACUUCGAAUCUUUUCCUCCUCCAAGUAUUAACCAGCUGCCAUCAGAACCGCCACCUCAGGAUUACUACCGACAAAACCCUCCACCCCCAAAUCCACAACCACCCCAGCAGCCCAUGCACUAUUCCCCGCGCCCAGCAUCCGCGUAUCAGCAAAACCCGCCUCCACAGCCCUUGAGCCAACUACCGCCAACUGCCUCUAUCCCAGAUCAAUCUCAGCCAAGAAACCAACAGUACAACACUGAUGACAUUGCGAUCGCUAAAGCACAAAAACACGCCAGAUGGGCCAUCUCAGCCCUAAAUUUUGAAGAUUCAAACACCGCAGUGAAAGAACUGAGAGCUGCUUUGCAGACUCUAGGGGCACAGUGA